AAGUAAAUGUUGCAAUUCCCAGUGGGCAGGGAACGUCCUGUGAACUGGUGAUGUUGUUGCGGGAGGCGGUGACUCGCCCAGGAGAAGUUUUUUGUUUGGAAAGUUGCCGGCUGGUCGGCCGCCCGCCCGUCAACCGCCGCCAGUUUUACGAUCGGUGACGCUUGAGACACAUGACUGGAACUUUCUUUCUCCUCCCGUGGAAAAUGGCGGCCUGGAGUUUUCAGGACAAAUGAGGAAAGCUGGAAAAGGCAGAAGUUGAGGAAGUUUAAACCACAACAAUGACGCGUUGGGUCCCAACCAAAAAAGAAAAAUAUGGAGUCGCAAUAUACAAUUAUGACUCCAGAGAGGAAAUGGAACUUUCUCUGCAGAUUGGUGAUACAGUACACAUAUUGGAAACCUAUGAAGGGUGGUACAGAGGAUACACACAUAGGCGCAAAGCCAGAAAGGGUAUUUUUCCAGCUUCAUACAUUCAACUCAAGGAAGCAACAGUUGAAGGCAAAGGGCAACAUGAAACUGUUAUACCAAAUGAACUUCCACUGGUUCAGGAAGUUACUACAACCCUUCGAGAAUGGUCAAGUAUAUGGCGACAGUUGUAUGUUAUUAACAACCAAGACAUGUUCAGCCGAGUUAGGAACAUGAUGUAUGAUCUUAUUGAAUGGCGAUCACAGAUACUUUCUGGAACACUCCCACAAGAUGAGCUGAAGGAACUGAAGCAGAAAGUCACUGCCAAAAUUGAUUAUGGCAACAGAAUCCUUGAUCUAGAUCUGGUGGUUCGAGAUGAAGAUGGCAAUAUUUUAGACCCUGACCAAACCAGCACCAUCAGUCUGUUUAGAGCUCAUGAAGUAGCAUUGAAAAGGAUAGAAGAAAGAAUCCAGGAAGAAAAGUCUCAGAAGCAUAAUAUUGACAUAAACAGACAAGCGAAGUUUGCUGCCACACCUUCUUUCAGUCUGUUUGUAACUCUGAAGAAUGUUGUCUGCAAAAUAGGGGAAGAUGCUGAAGUCUUGAUGUCUUUAUAUGACCCGAUUAGGUCUAAGUUUAUCAGUGAAAACUACCUAGUUCGAUGGGCAAGUUCAGGCCUUCCUAAAGACAUAGACCGGCUAAACAACCUAAGAGCUGUAUUUACAGACCUUGGCAGUAAAGAUCUUAAAAGAGAAAAAAUUAGCUUUGUGUGCCAGAUUGUCAGAGUGGGUCGCAUGGAGCUGAAGGACAAUAAUACCAAGAAAUCUACAACAGGGCUGAGAAGACCUUUUGGAGUGGCUGUUAUGGAUGUCACUGACAUAAUUACAGGGAAAGUCGAUGAUGAGGACAAACAACAUUUCAUUCCGUUCCAACCGGUAGCAGGGGAGAACGACUUCCUUCAGACUGUGAUCAAUAAAGUCAUUGCUGCCAAGGAAAUAAACCACAAGGGUCAAGGUUUGUGGGCCACAAUGAAAUUGCUCUUGGGGGAUGUUCAUCAGAUUCGAAAAGAUUUUCCCCACCUAGUUGACAGAACCACAGCAGUUGCAAGGAAGAUGGGUUUUCCUGAAAUAAUAAUGCCUGGUGAUGUUCGUAAUGACAUCUAUGUUACGCUAGUGCAGGGAGAGUUUGACAAAGGUAAUAAAACAACUUCCAAGAAUGUGGAAGUCACAAUGAUGGUGUACGAUGAAGAAGGCAAGCGUUUAGAGAACGUAAUUUUUCCUGGUGCAGGAGAUGAAGGUAUCUCUGAAUAUAAAUCUGUAAUUUACUAUCAAGUGAAACAACCCCGAUGGUUUGAGACGGUAAAGGUGGCGAUUCCUAUUGAAGAUGUAAAUCGCAGCCAUUUAAGGUUCACAUUCCGACAUCGAUCAUCUCAGGAUUCUAAAGACAAAUCUGAAAAGAUAUUUGCAUUGGCAUUUGUGAAGCUAAUGAGAUUUGAUGGAACAACAUUGAGAGAUGGAGAACAUGAUCUUAUUGUAUACAAGUGGGAUGCCAAGAAGCUGGAAGAUGCAUCACUCUAUUUAAAUCUACCAGCAACUAAACCAGCACUUGAGGAAAAAGGCUACACAGUCUCUGGGAAAAAUAUGCACAGUUCUGGAAACUUUGCCAUCAGCAAAGACUCAUUUCAGAUUUCCACUUUGGUCUGUUCGACAAAACUCACACAGAAUGUGGACCUCUUGGGGCUUUUGAAAUGGCGGUCAAACACAAAUUUGCUACAGCAGAAUUUGAGGCAGCUGAUGAAGGUGGAUGGAGAAGAGGUUGUUAAGUUUUUGCAAGAUACACUUGAUGCACUUUUUAAUAUCAUGAUGGAGAAUUCUGACAGUGACACAUUUGACACGUUAGUUUUUGAUUCUCUGGUAUUUAUAAUUGGACUGAUUGCUGAUAGAAAAUUCCAGCAUUUCAACCCUGUUCUUGAAACCUAUAUCAAAAAGCACUUUAGCGCAACCUUGGCCUACACGAAACUCACCACUGUAUUGAAAAACUAUGUGGACAACUCGGAGAAGCCUAGUGUGACAGACCAACUGUUCAAAGCAAUGAAAUCCUUAGAAUAUGUCUUCAAAUUCAUUGUUCGUUCAAGAAUACUCUUUAAUCAAUUAUAUGAAGAUAAAGGAGAAAGUGACUUUAUGGAUUCCUUGAGACAAUUGUUCAGAUCAAUUAAUGACAUGAUGAGCAGCGCUUCAGAUCAAACAGUAAUAGUUAAGGGGGCAGCUUUGAAAUACCUACCAACAAUUGUCAAUGAUGUGAAGCUGGUAUUUGAUCCCAAAGAACUUAGCAAAUUGUUUACAGACUUCAUUCACAAUGUUCCACCGGGCAGACUUGUGCGUCAGAAGCUUUACUGUUUGAUAGAAAUAGUACACAGUGACCUCUUCACUCAGCAUGAAUGCAGAGACAUCCUUCUACCCAUGAUGACAGACCAGCUGAAAUAUCAUUUAGAAAAGCAAGAGGAACUGGAAGCUUGCUGCCAUUUGCUUAGCAAUAUCCUUGAAGUACUCUACAGGAAGGAUGGGGGACCAACACAGCGACAUGUCCAGUUAAUAAUGGAGAAGCUGCUGAGAACUGUAAACAGGACAGUCAUCUCCAUGGGACGUGAUUCUGACCUAAUAGGGAACUUUGUUGCUUGUAUGACUGCCAUCCUAAGGCAGAUGGAAGAUUAUCAUUAUGCCCAUUUAAUCAAGACCUAUGGGAAUAUGCGAUCAGAUGUUGUGGAUUUCCUGAUGGAGACAUUCAUCAUGUUCAAAGAUCUCAUUGGAAAGAAUGUCUAUCUUGCUGACUGGGUUAUAAUGAACAUGAUGCAGAAUAAAGUUUUUUUGCGAGCAAUAAAUCAGUAUGCAGAUAUGUUGAACAAAAAAUUUCUUGAUCAAGCAAACUUUGAACUACAGUUAUGGAACAACUACUUUCACCUGGCUGUUGCUUUUCUCACUCAAGAAUCACUUCAGGUGGAGAACUUCUCCAGUGCAAAACGUGCCAAAAUAAUCAGCAAAUAUGGUGACAUGAGGAGACAAAUUGGAUUUGAGAUUAGAGACAUGUGGUAUAACCUUGGUCAACACAAAAUCAAAUUUAUCCCAGAAAUGGUGGGUCCAAUCUUGGAGAUGACCCUUAUUCCAGAAACAGAACUGAGAAAAGCCACAAUUGCAAUAUUUUUUGACAUGAUGCAAUGUGAAUUUCACUCAACAAGAAGUUUCCAGAUGUUUGAAAAUGAGAUCAUCACCAAGCUAGAUCAUGAAGUAGAAGGAGGCAGAGGGGAUGAGCAGUAUAAAGUGCUGUUUGAGAAGAUCCUUCUGGAACACUGUCGAAAGCACAAGUAUCUUGCUAAGAGUGGAGAAAAUUUUGUCAUGCUAGUUGUCAGGCUUAUGGAGAGGCUUUUGGAUUACAGAACAAUCAUGCACGAUGAAAACAAAGAAAACCGAAUGAGCUGUACAGUUAAUGUAUUGAACUUUUACAAAGAAAUUGAAAGAGAAGAAAUGUACAUCAGGUAUCUGUACAAGCUGUGUGACCUGCACAAAGAGUGUGAUAACUACACUGAAGCUGCCUACACAUUGCUACUUAAUGCAAAGCUCCUUAAGUGGUCUGAAGAGCCAUGUGCAGCUCACCUGAAUCAAAGAGAUGGAUAUCAAGCACAGACUCAAGGACAGUUGAAGGAACAACUUUACCAAGAAAUUAUUCAUUACUUUGAUAAAGGAAAGAUGUGGGAGGAGGCCAUUUCUUUAGGCAAAGAACUGGCAGAACAAUAUGAAAAUGAAUUGUUUGAUUACGAGCAACUUAGUGAAUUACUGCAAAAACAAGCUCAAUUCUAUGAGAACAUUGUCAGAGUGAUACGAGCAAAACCAGAUUACUUUGCUGUUGGAUAUUAUGGUCAGGGCUUUCCUUCAUUUAUUCGGAACAAGAUGUUCAUUUACAGAGGAAAAGAGUAUGAGCGACGUGAAGAUUUCGAAGCAAGACUUUUCACCAUUUUUCCCAAUGCGGAAAAAAUGAAGACAACAUCUCCUCCAAGUGAUGAUAUUAAAAAUUCUUCUGGGCAGUAUAUUCAGUGUUUCACAGUGCAAACCAUACGGGAAUUACCACCAAAGUUCAAGAACAAAACUGUCUCAGAGCAAAUUUUAAGUUUUUACACCGUGAAUGAGGUGCAACGAUUCCAGUAUUCAAGACCAGUCAGGAAAGGAGAGAAAGAUCCAGAUAAUGAAUUUGCUAAUAUGUGGAUUGAAAGGACCACUUACGUGACAGCAUACAAAUUACCUGGCAUUCUGCGAUGGUUUGAAGUCAAAUCUGACUCAAUGGUUGAGAUAAGUCCUUUGGAGAAUGCAAUAGAAACAAUGCAGUUAACAAAUGAGAAGAUCAAUAACAUGGUUCAACAGCACAUGAAUGAUCCAAACUUGCCUAUUAAUCCUCUCUCCAUGCUGCUGAAUGGAAUUGUGGAUCCUGCAGUAAUGGGGGGUUUCACUAAUUAUGAAAAGGCAUUUUUCACUGAAAAAUACAUGCAAGAACACGGUGAAGACCAUGAAAAGAUUGAAAAGCUCAAAGACCUGAUAGCAUGGCAGAUUCCAUUCUUGAAUGAGGGCGUCCGAAUUCAUGGCGAGAAGGUAACAGAAGCAUUGCGGCCUUUCCAUGAGAGGUUGGAAACCUGUUUCAAACAGUUGAAAGAAAAAGUGGAGAAGCAAUAUGGAGUCAGAACUUUGGCUGCAACUCUGGAUGAGCGCAGAGGAAGUCGGCCUCGUUCAAUGGUACGAUCCUUCACGAUGCCAUCAACUCCAAGACCUCUAUCUGUUGCAUCAGUCUCCUCCAUAUCAUCCGACAGUACCCCGUCCAGGCCAGGUUCUGAUGGAUUUAUUCUAGAGCCCCUUCUCCCAAAGAAGAUGCAUUCAAGAUCUCAGGAUAAAUUGGAUAAGGAUGAUUUUGACAAAGAUAAGAGAGAGAAAAAGAAAGAAAAAAGGAACAGCAGACACCAAGAAAUGUUUGACAAAGAAUUUAAAGCUACUGAUAUUUCCAGCCAGUCUACAGAAGCAGUAAUUCUCUCUGAAACGAUCAGUCCAUUACGACCACAAAGACCAAAGAGUCAAGUGAUUAAUGUACUGGCAGCUGACAGACGGUUUUCUGCCUCGUCAGUUCCAAACCCAGUAACUCCCAGGGCUAAGUUGUCGUUUUCCUUACAGCCUGGCCUGAAUAUGGAGCUGAAUGGUGCUGUUACUUCUGAACAGACUGGAAUACCACCUCCUCUUCCUAUCAAAGGCAACACUGGUGAUUACGGAACUCUGACUGAUAGCCAAGAACUCGCCACUCCUACCACACCACUCCCUCAUCAAUCCAGGGCUCCUCCACCUCUGCCGAGCAAGACACCACCUCCUCCUCCUCCAAAGACAGCUCGAAGGCAAGCAUCUGUAGAUUCUGGAAUUGUACAGUGACAAUGUACCCAGUACCAAGUCUGGCCCACACAGUUCCAUUCCAAAAGGCAGAAAUUUCAGACAUUUCCAUUCUUUUGCCUUUCCAACAAAGAGACCAUACUAAAUGAUUUACCUCAUUUGUACGUACAAUGUCAGCGAUUGGAAUGAUCCUCUUUACAGCAGUAAGGAGACAAAAACACUUCGCCAGCAGAUUCUGUUGCUGUAUUAAAUAUUAACUCAUAAAUGGAGUUGGCCUUUCAAUGCUAAACAGCUGAAGUAUUACAGUGGAAACAACUUCUUCAGAGUAAAUGAUUGAGAAGGUUGCCAAGGAUGUAAUUUCUGCCAUUUGUUUGGAGACUGAUUUAAAAUCACUCUUGCAUUAGAAGCACAUGAAUAUAUUACCUUUUUUUUUGCUUUCAGAUAAAUAGCUUUUUGACAGUUACUUCAUUCUCAGAUACAGAGAUUUGCUUACUUUCAAAUAAGACGGGUAAAGUGAUCUUUGAAUCAAAUUACUGCUUUGUUCAUGGGGUGUAAUCAUUAUGUACAGAAGUUUGUAUAUAUAUAUGAUGCUGAAAAUUUUAAAACUUGUUUUAUGGUGUCAACUUGUAUUACAUUGGCUUAGUAUAAUUCUGCAAAUGAAUUCCUUACACUAAUAGCUUUUAGAUUUUAAAGCUUACUGACUGUAAACUAUUGUUUUUUUUUGCUAAAGAUCAUGUUUUAGAUUUAUUUAAUAGGGUCAAACAUGGGAAAUGGAAUAUGCUAAUUAACUCUUUCUACAGUUUUGUUUAAUAAUCUUGUCAUUUCUGAAACAUAAUUUUAACAUUUUCUGUAAUCAUGAUAUCCAUGAAUCUAGAUUAUUCAUAAUUCACAACUGACCCAAUAAAUAAAAACA